GCGGGGGCGGGGCUUUGCGGACGCACGCACGUCGAGGCGCUGCUGCCCAGAGCUGCGGAGUCUGUGGGCUUGGUCUCGAGCGGCUGCUGUGGCGGCGGCUCGGCCUGCGGCCAGAGAUCGGAGAGAAAUCCAGGCACUCAGUUGACCUGUCCUUUCUGCCGCCAUGGGGGAGCUUUUCCGGAGUGAGGAGAUGACGCUGGCCCAGCUUUUUCUACAAUCAGAAGCUGCUUAUUGUUGUGUUAGUGAAUUAGGAGAACUCGGAAAGGUUCAGUUUCGUGAUUUAAAUCCAGAUGUGAAUGUUUUCCAGCGGAAAUUUGUGAAUGAAGUUAGAAGAUGUGAAGAAAUGGAUCGAAAGCUUCGAUUUGUUGAGAAAGAGAUAAGGAAAGCUAAUAUCCCAAUUAUGGACACUGGCGAAAACCCAGAGGUGCCCUUCCCCCGGGACAUGAUUGACUUAGAGGCCAAUUUCGAGAAGAUUGAAAAUGAGCUGAAGGAAAUCAACACAAACCAGGAAGCUCUGAAGAGAAACUUCUUGGAACUGACUGAAUUAAAAUUUAUACUUCGCAAAACUCAGCAGUUUUUCGAUGAGGCUGAAUUGCAUCAUCAGCAGAUGGCGGAUCCAGACCUGUUGGAAGAGUCUUCGUCCCUCUUGGAACCAAGUGAGAUGGGAAGAGGCACGCCUUUAAGGCUUGGCUUCGUGGCUGGUGUGAUUAACCGGGAGCGCAUCCCUACUUUUGAGCGCAUGCUUUGGCGGGUGUGCCGGGGGAAUGUGUUCCUGCGGCAAGCUGAAAUCGAGAACCCCCUGGAGGAUCCUGUGACUGGCGACUACGUGCACAAGUCUGUGUUCAUCAUUUUCUUCCAAGGAGAUCAGCUGAAAAACAGAGUCAAGAAAAUCUGUGAAGGAUUCCGGGCCUCACUCUAUCCCUGCCCUGAGACACCACAGGAGAGGAAGGAAAUGGCUUCUGGAGUUAACACCAGGAUUGACGAUCUCCAAAUGGUUCUGAAUCAAACGGAGGAUCACCGCCAGAGGGUUCUGCAGGCAGCUGCUAAGAACAUCCGUGUCUGGUUCAUCAAAGUGCGGAAGAUGAAGGCUAUCUACCACACUUUGAACCUGUGCAACAUAGAUGUGACCCAAAAGUGCCUGAUUGCGGAGGUCUGGUGCCCUGUCACUGACCUUGACUCCAUCCAGUUUGCACUCAGAAGGGGCACGGAACACAGUGGUUCCACCGUGCCCUCCAUUUUGAACAGGAUGCAGACAAACCAGACUCCCCCAACCUAUAACAAAACCAACAAGUUUACUUGUGGCUUUCAGAACAUAGUGGAUGCUUACGGAAUUGGAACUUACCGAGAGAUAAAUCCAGCUCCAUAUACCAUCAUCACUUUCCCCUUCCUAUUUGCUGUGAUGUUUGGGGACUUUGGCCAUGGCAUUUUGAUGACCCUUUUUGCUGUGUGGAUGGUGUUAAGGGAGAGCCGGAUCCUCUCUCAGAAGAAUGAGAAUGAGAUGUUUAGCACUGUGUUCAGCGGCCGGUACAUUAUUCUGUUGAUGGGUGUGUUCUCCAUCUACACUGGUCUCAUCUACAAUGACUGCUUUUCCAAGUCUCUUAAUAUCUUCGGGUCUUCUUGGAGUGUACGGCCGAUGUUCACUAUAUAUAAUUGGACGGAGGACACACUUCGGGGGAACCCUGUCCUCCAGCUGAACCCAGCUGUUGAUGGAGUUUUUGGUGGACCAUAUCCUUUUGGCAUCGAUCCAAUUUGGAACAUUGCUACCAAUAAACUGACCUUCCUCAACUCCUUUAAGAUGAAGAUGUCUGUUAUCCUUGGUAUCAUCCACAUGCUGUUUGGAGUCAGCCUGAGCCUUUUCAACCAUACCUAUUUCAAGAAGCCCCUGAAUAUCUACUUUGGAUUCAUUCCGGAAGUAAUCUUCAUGACCUCUUUGUUUGGCUACUUGGUUAUCCUUAUUUUUUACAAGUGGACGGCCUAUGAUGCUUACACAUCUGAGAAAGCACCAAGCCUUCUGAUCCAUUUCAUAAACAUGUUCCUGUUUUCCUACGGGGACUCUGGUAACUCGAUGCUGUAUUCUGGACAGAAAGGAAUUCAGUGUUUCCUGGUAGUGGUGGCACUACUGUGUGUACCUUGGAUGCUACUGUUUAAACCACUCGUCCUUCGCCGUCAGUAUUUGAGGAGGAAGCAUUUGGAAGGGCUACCUGUGGAGGCCCCAGUCAGCCCAACCCCGAGCCAACAGGGACUAGAGGCAGCAGUGGCUGCAACAGGAACUCUCAACUUUGGUGGGAUCAGGGUGGGCAACGGACCGACAGAGGAGGAUGCUGAGAUUAUUCAGCAUGACCAGCUCUCCACCCAUUCAGAGGACGCAGAGGAGCCGACCGAGGACGAAGUGUUUGACUUUGGGGACACCAUGGUCCACCAGGCCAUCCACACCAUCGAGUACUGCCUGGGCUGCAUCUCCAACACCGCCUCCUACCUGCGGCUCUGGGCCCUCAGCCUCGCUCAUGCACAGCUGUCUGAGGUGCUUUGGACCAUGGUGAUCCACAUCGGCCUGAGCGUGAAGAGCUUAGCAGGGGGGUUGGCGCUGUUCUUCAUCUUCGCCGCCUUCGCCACCCUGACCGUGGCCAUCCUCCUGAUCAUGGAGGGCCUCUCAGCCUUUCUCCAUGCACUGCGCUUACACUGGGUCGAGUUCCAGAAUAAAUUCUACAGCGGGACCGGUUUCAAGUUCUUGCCCUUCUCCUUCGAGCACAUUCGGGAAGGGAAAUUUGAUGAGUGAGCCACUCGGGGCCUAUGCGUCUGGCUGCCCCCGGCACUCCCUCCACAGUGAUUAGCUGUGCUCUGCUUGCCUGUUGGUUGUGAUUCCUGGGUAUCAGGGCAUUUGUGUCAUCCCUGCCACCAUUCCCCCAGCCGCCUGUGAGUUGUUUAGACCUAGUGCUCCCUGGGUCCCUGUCACCCCAGCUUUGUGUGUUGUAGUGUAGUGAUUCUCUCUAGAGAGAAGCUGGGCUCUGGCCGUCACUCACACCCACUGGGCACCAGCCUUGCCUUCCCGGCCUCCAUCCAGCCCUUUCCCUGCCCCCUGGUGGUAAACCAAUUUGUGCAUUUACACAGGAGCCCAAGGCCCUUGGAAGGAGUGCCCUCACCGUCCACAUCCAGACUUUGAGCCCCCUGUUCCUGCUGCUCUUGUUACUGGUUGGGGCGGGGGGUGCCCUAUAACACUCCUCACUCUUGGGUUAGCAGGAGUGGGUCCAGGAAGAUGGUAUUUCUGUCCUUGGUCAUUCCCCACCACCCCACUACCCCUGCCCUCUGGUCUUCAUCUUGCUUGUUAAUCAGAAGUUCAGCUGGACCCAACUGUGCCAGGGGGCAGGGCUUCUCCCCAGCAGCCCCAAGGGUCCCAGGAUAUGCAACACCACAUUCCUAACCCCCACCUACCCCAUACUCCUCCUCCCUCCCAGAAUCCCCUUCCUUUUCCCCUCCCCUUUACACACCCAGCAUAACACACAGCUGGGAGUGACCCAAAACAGGUUUUGGUUGGCUGCUUCUCAGGCCAUGCAUGGGCCUUGCCACAAGCUCAUUCUCUGGGCAGAGGGUCCAAACUGAUGCUCUUUCCUGGUGUAGACCCUGAGACCUUUCCCCAUCCCCAGUCAUGAGUCUUGAGUGCAGAGCUGUAGUCAACGAGGGUGGUUCUGCCAGCAGGCCUGGCUUGCUCUGCCUACCAGUGCCCCUCCCACUUCCACACCCACCCCAAGUCCAGGGAGUGGGCCCUGGGCAGGGAAGUCAGUGUUGUUUACCAUUUGCUGAUUGGAGGCAACUGGCAGGGCUGCCAGUGGGUGUGGUUGUGAGAGCUGCACAGCCCUGCCCUGUGGGCUGGGGUGAGCACCCCCAAGGGGCCACUGCCCCUGUUGCCCCCACAUCAGGAUGUGGAUCUUAGAGCCUUUUAAUCAUGUGUUGGCACAGCAGCCCUGGCUGCUUGAGCUAAAUUAAUCCUUGCACCUUCAGUGGUCAAGAGAACCCCCUAAAUUGGCCGGCCCUGCCUGCCUCCCCUUCAGAACCUCCUCCUGCCCCCCACCCCCCGCCCCCUGCCCCAGGCUUGUCUGACAAAGCUGCUUAGAGCUCACUGGACUCCCCUAGGCUGGGCUGCCCUGGGCGCAGCCUGCGCCCAGCUUCACCGGCCAGUGUGACCUGACCCAGACCUUAUGAAGAGCCCCCUCCCAUCCGGUCCCUGUGGUUUACAUGAUGAUCUUUGCUCUGUUUACAGCGGGGUCUGAAGCAGAGUUCUUUGUCAGAAAUCCUACCCAAGGCCCUUCUGUUCAGAAAUUCCUUUGCUGAAUAAAGUGUGUUCAGACUACCA